ACCCUAUUCCAUUACCCCCCCCCCCAACUCACUCCUUCCUUCCUUCAAAGGUAGUGUCUGGCCUUGAACUCCUGAACUCUUGCCUCAACCUCCCAGGGCUAGGGUUAUAGGAGUAAGUGUGCACAUGUGUGAUUUUUUUUUAAGAAAAUUAGAAUUAUUAACUCCGUAGAUGCUGCCUCUAACAGGUGAUAUGGAAUUAACCAUUAGUGAAUGAUGUUGAUAUACCGUCAAGCCUAAAGGAAUCAAGUGAAAAAAAAUUGUUUUGUUGACGGGAGGAGGUGGUGAGGGAAAGAUUGGAAUAUUCAGGUGAGUAGGAUUCCCAGAGCUGUGUAGUGAAAUAAGCAAGGACUGGUAAGUUUUUCCACAGCUGCAGAACUUCUGCAUUAGUCUCUAAAAAUAUUCUGGAAUUUUAAAAGGAAAGUGGUUGCCUCUAGGGAAGGGAUGUAGCUAGGUUUCUCUGUGUGUGUGUGUGUGUGUUGGGGGAUGGAGGGGGCUUCAUGCUGUGCUUAAGUGCCAUGUGAGUGUCAUUGUGUUAAAUCUGCUUGACUAAAAAAAGUUAAGAGGCUGAGCAUAACGUGGAGUGGUGACACUUCCCUUUAGUUCCAGCACACGAGCUGAGAGGCAGGCAGGCAUCUGUGAUUCAAAACCAGGCUGGUUCUUGGUCACCCUGUCUUAACCACCCCCCACCCCAAAAAAAAAGAUGUUACUGUUGAAAGGUAAUCAUCUGGGUGUUUGUUGAAGCAGUUUCCUUGUAGUCCCAGCUGGUCUCAAACUCAAAAUCCUUUUGCCUUAGCUCCCAAGUACUGAGAUCUUGGCCAUGUACCAUCUAUCAUAUUCCACAUAGCAUUUGGGUUUCAGUAGCGUUCUACUUGUUUUCUUUUGUUUUGAGACAGGGUCUUGUGUUGUCCUCCAAUUGCUGGUGUAGUCAACGAUGACCUUGAGGUUCACCUAGCUACUUUUGUUUUUAAUGCUCAAACCUCAAUAUGAAUGGAUAACUAUAUUAUAUACACCUUUCAUGUGAUUAUUCUUAAACAUUUUUGCAAUUGGGCUGGUGACUCAGGUAAUCUUAGCACUUAGUACUAUUGGUACACUAACACCCUGUCUGCAAAACAAAACAAAACAAUCCGGUAGCUUUGGGUCAAUAUUAAAGUCUGAAAAGUAAAGUAAAAAAAAAAAAAAAAAGUGUGUUACAACAAAUCUUACUCUGGUGGUAUAAUUCCUCAAGCUUUUAUUAGACAUUCAGGAUUGUUUGAUAAGAGAAGGGUGAGUUUUGUUACCUUUCCCUGCCCCACCCCAAAGUAGAGUUUUUAUAAUAGAGUACUAUGUUGCUGAUUGUUGUAGAAUUGCAUGCAUGCAUUCCGCACUGUGGCACUUGAGGUGUUCAAAUCUUGGUAAGAGUGUGUUGUGAUUGACUGCUUUAUGUGCUUGUUUAUUUUCAUAGCAUUUAAAUCAAGCGAUAUUGAAAUGGAUUGGGUUAUGAAACAUAAUGGUCCAAAUGACGCUAGUGAUGGGACAGUGCGACUUCGAGGACUGCCAUUUGGUUGCAGCAAAGAGGAAAUAGUUCAGUUCUUUCAAGGGUUGGAAAUCGUGCCAAAUGGGAUAACAUUGACGAUGGACUACCAGGGGAGAAGCACAGGGGAGGCCUUCGUGCAGUUUGCUUCAAAGGAGAUAGCAGAAAAUGCUCUGGGGAAACACAAGGAAAGAAUAGGGCACAGGUACAUUGAGAUCUUCAGGAGUAGCAGGAGUGAAAUCAAAGGAUUUUAUGAUCCACCAAGAAGAUUGCUGGGACAGCGGCCGGGACCAUAUGAUAGACCAAUAGGAGGAAGAGGGGGUUAUUAUGGAGCUGGGCGUGGAAGUAUGUAUGACAGAAUGCGACGAGGAGGUGAUGGAUAUGAUGGUGGCUAUGGAGGUUUUGAUGACUAUGGUGGCUAUAAUAAUUACGGCUAUGGAAAUGAUGGCUUUGAUGACAGGAUGAGAGAUGGAAGAGGCAUGGGAGGACAUGGCUACGGUGGAGCUGGUGAUGCCAGUUCAGGUUUCCAUGGUGGUCAUUUUGUGCACAUGAGAGGGCUGCCUUUUCGUGCAACCGAAAAUGAUAUUGCUAAUUUCUUCUCACCACUCAAUCCAAUACGAGUUCAUAUCGACAUUGGAGCUGAUGGCAGAGCAACAGGAGAGGCAGAUGUAGAGUUUGUGACACAUGAAGAUGCCGUGGCUGCCAUGUCUAAAGAUAAAAACAACAUGCAACAUCGAUAUAUUGAACUCUUCUUGAAUUCCACCCCUGGAGGAGGUUCUGGAAUGGGAGGUUCUGGAAUGGGAGGCUAUGGCAGAGAUGGAAUGGAUAAUCAAGGAGGAUACGGAUCUGUUGGGAGAAUGGGAAUGGGAAACAACUACAGUGGAGGAUAUGGCACUCCUGAUGGCUUGGGAGGUUAUGGUCGUGGUGGUGGAGGCAGUGGAGGUUACUAUGGGCAAGGUGGAAUGAGUGGAGGUGGAUGGCGUGGGAUGUACUGAAAACACCACCACCAAUGUGCAAGUCCUAACAACAUCUGUCUACUAGACUUUCUUACGGAUUUAAUUUCUUUUGUAUUUCAAGAACUUUAUAAUGACUGAAGGAAUGUGUUUUCAAGAUAUUAUUUGGUAAAGCAACAGAUUGUGAUGGGAAAAUCUGUUUUCUGUAGGUUUUAUUUGUUGCAUACUUUGACUUAAUAAAUUUUUAUAUUGAAACCA